AAUUGGAUGGAAGGAAGGGGAGGGUUGAUGGAGCUGCCCAGAAAGCAGGGGGGUGCAGCGUCAUAAAGAGAUGAGGAAAUGAAAACAGGAGUCUGUGUGACUAGUAUAGAUCCUGUCACGGCAGCUGCAGCACCCUACAGCCAACAGCAUGGCCAAGCACACAGCCUGUCAGGAGCUAAGUGACUACCCACGGGAAGUGACUCUCUCCACCCUGAGGCUCCGAGUGCUGCCUCCUACUAUCUUGUGUGACACCUGGCUGGAAAGUCUAAAUCUGGACCGCAACAAGCUGAAGCGCAUCCCUGGGAUCUCUCAGCUCUGCAACUUGAAGAAGUUGAUAUUGUCCAAGAAUGAUAUUGUUGACUUCCCAAAGGAAAUCCAGAGUCUGGUCCAUCUGGAGAAGCUGGACCUGAAUCAGAACCAAAUUCGGGUCAUCCCAGAGGGGAUCUUUUCCUGUCUUCUUAAGCUGAAACACUUGCGGUUGAACAACAACCGUCUUAGUGACCUCCCCAAAGACCUAGCCGCUUGUCAGGGCAGCCUCCAGUAUCUCAAUCUCUCCAACAACUUGUUCCAAGACAUCCCCCAGGCUGUCUUGGAACUGGCAAGUUUGCAGGACUUCUACAUACAAAAUAAUAUGCUGCACCAGCUGCCCGUUGGGCUGUUCACUGGGCGGCCACUGAGAAUGUUCAAGGCAAAUGGGAACCCUCUGAGGGAACCUCCUGGCGAAGUCUGUGCUGGGGGAAUCCGCCAGAUCCUGAGCUACUUCAGCCAGCUUCAGACAUGCCAGGCACAAGAGGACCGGAGGGUGAAGACUAUGUUCCUGGGGGCCUCGCUGGCAGGGAAAUCCACCAUCUGCAAAAGCCUGCAGCAGAGGCGAGCAGUCCCAUUGUCUGAGGAAGAGCGGACCGUUGGGAUUGAGAUCAGUGAGUUCUGCAUCCAGGACUUCACGUUUCUUUUCUGGGACUUUGCUGGCCAGCUGGAGUACUACAUGACUCACCAUGUCUUCAUCACCCCCCAGGCCCUCGUCAUCCUAGUCAUUAACUUCCAGCAGUACCAGCUUAAUGACAAAGUCUUCAAGGAGCUUGUUGGUUUCUGGAUCAACAACCUCUUCAUGCGAAUCCCAAACUCAGUGGUCCUCCCAGUGGGAACUCAUAUAGACUGUUGUGAUGAGGGGGAAGUGGAGGCAAAGAAGCAGGAUGUCAUGAACAGGAUCCAGGCCAUGCUGGAAGAGAGGAGGACAAAUCUCAUCCACUUCAUCAACAAUCUGGAAGACAGCGAAGAGUCAGAAAUCUACGUGGACCAGUGGAACAGACUGAAGGAAACGGAGAGCCGCACCUUAACUAUUUUAGAUCUUAUUUCCGUCAAUUGCACCGAUUACCAGGACAUUAAGAAACUAGAAGCCGCCAUUCUGGGACAUGUGCGGAAUGAAGAAAUAUUCCCUAACGUUAUCAGAAUGCUGCCCCCGGUCUACAAGGAGGUGGAAGCUGCCAUUGUUGAUGUUGUGCAGAGCAAGGGGACAGCAGAACAUGGCAUGAUGGAUCUCAAUCUCUUGCUCUGUGAACUUGCCCAGAGAAAGCACCUGACCGGCCUUGGCAGAGAACUUCUCCAAGAUGUCCUGAGGUACCUCCACCACAUUGGAUUGAUCAUAUGGUAUGAGGAAAUCAAGCAGAUGGAAAACAUGGUCUUCCUCCGGCCAGCCUUUCUGAUAACCAUGUUCAAGCUCCUUGUCAGGUAUCACCUUGUGCAGCAGAUAGAGAGCAUCUCAGUGGACACACUGGUGGGGGAACAUGCAACCAUCAGGGACCAAUCCAACUGGGUAUGGACAUUCAAGUCAAAAGCUAUGCUGUGCCAGCAGGCCAUGCGUGCCUUAGUCAAGCACCAGCUCCCCUUCGAAGGGCUGGAGGACAUCUUUGAGGAGAUGAUGGGGCGCAAGUCCCAGAAAGGGAAGCUGUUCAGCCUCCUGGAGCACUUUGAGAUUUGCCUGGAGGUGAGGAACACCGAGAAGCUCAACCCAGCAGCCAGGGAGUUUGUGCCUGGGAAGCCAUGGGAAGUGACACAGAGCCACAGUGAGGCCUGUUACUUGUUUCCCAUGUAUCUCAACCACAGCAAGGAUGUUUCUGAUGUGUGGGGAGGAGAUCAUGCAGAAGAUCUCCACCUACGGGCCUACUUCUCACCUGAAGUCCCAGAGAGCUUCUUCCAAAGACUCAUGGUGAAAGCUUGCUCCUUCUAUUCCACCCACUGGGUUGCAAAGAUGAUGUGCCUGCUCGUGUGCAGCGGCAAGCCUUUGUUGAUCAAAGAGAACAACCAGAAGGGCUACAGCUAUAUUGAACUCCGCUGCAGAAAGCCGGCAGAAAGGAUAGAAUUCCAGAUUACGUGGGACUUGGUCAUGGCGAUCGUCUCCAUCAUCCGGAAGCUCUCAGAUGAGUGGCCUGGGCUCCACAUAUGCUUGAAAACACCUUGUCGCACUGCGGCGUGUCCUGCAGAGUUUGUUUGGCCGGACCUGGAUGGCAAGUCCACGGUGACCAAGGAGAACAUUAAAACUUGUGGAACAUGUAGCCAUCAGUUUCGGACAGAGCUGCUUUUACCCAAAGUUUUGAGUGAUGUGGAAGCUCCCUCGGCUCAGCCUGCUGCCCACUACUAUGUCACGAGCUACGGAACGACAACGUUUGGCCCCAGCAAUGUCCACAUCAGUCGCCAGAACAUCUUGGAUGAAUAAUUGAGCCAACCAAGGAAAGGCUGCAUGGGAAGAAGACUGCCCUGUAGUCAAAGCCCGUGGUUCAUUCGGGACCAUGUCUCAUGCACCUUGUUCUGCAAGAUGUCUGCCUGUUUGCAGUGUAUGUUAAAGCUGAAUUUGCAAUAAACACUUUCCACCCAUAGCAGGAUUGCAGACAUGUCCAUUUAUUUACACAAACACAUGGGAAAAAUGCAUGUUUAGUUAUGCUGUCAACAUGGCAGAAAAAGCAAUGCUAAAAUAAUUCCUCCCUCCCCAUCAGCAAAUGACAUACAGGAGAGGUUUGCUCUAUGCAGAAUAGAUACAAGGUGGGAGAAAAAACCCGCAGGUAUAAAUUAAAACUAUGUACAAAAGCUAGCACACCAAGUAUGCUAUAUUGCAAUGUUUCUCCCUCAUUAGACAUUACCAACAGGCUGUCAAAUGUGUGAUGCCUUCAGCAUUGUACAAUGGAUCCAAAGCCCAGAGAGUCCCUUGAAAUGGUUCAUGCUGGACUUUGGAUUGAGGCCAUAUUUCUUCAGUUGAUUCCUGAUGUUCACUAUUGGUCGCCUCACAGAGAGGCGUGAGUUCCAGGUCUGCCAACUUGAUGCUGGUCUUUUUUUCUCUUGAGACCCAAUUCUGAUGUCAGUUAACAACUGAGACUACUUGGACUCAUGCAGAAUCUGGACUAGGCUUUCAGUGACUAUUAGCCACUUCCUGAUUAACAUCAAAGGCCACUUUCGUAGAUAGUAUAAGCCUCCCUUGAUCUCAGUUGGGCCAUGUCAUUUGGAACCAGUUGAAGAAGGCCCUUUAUUCAAGUGUAUGGGAGAAAACAAUAACUAAAACAAAUUUAUAAAAGUACAGUACCAACAUUUGUAUUUAUAACAAAAUAUUGAUUUGGCACCUCACGGUGUAGUGCAGAUACUGAGCCAGGGGGUCCUAUGGUCUUGCCACAGAAAAGCGCUUGUGCUUUUAGUGUCCUUGUAUUUCCUACAGGCCCUGGCCCAGAUCUUAAUAGAGGUGUAACUCAUACUCCAAAUUGGGUAGAAAAAAGAAAUUCCAUCCGUUUAGGAUAUUGAAGGUGCUCAAGUAAUUUAGGUGCUUUCUAACUAGAUAGCUUACAAAGUGAAUUUAGCUAAACAGACCCUGCUGCUUCACACUAAACCAUGCUAGCAUUUCAUGCUGACAGCUAACAACCUAUCCCCACUACAGACUAAAACACAGCAGUCUCUGCUGCACAGUGCAUGUCCCUAUAGAUGAUUGUCAACAACUAUGUAGUUGGACUGAGAUUUGAGAAUCCCACAGCCCCUCUCUGUGCAAAAAAUGAGUUUCUAAACUAUGUUGGCAAUAGGGAGACUGUUUUACAGCUCAUCUCUGCAAAUAAGGACAACAUUGCUUUGGACCAUAGUAGGAAUUCUGCACCAGAGUAGAAGAGCUCCUCAUGCUGGACUGAUGCAAACAUGGCUGUGCAAUGUGGCCUGUAUGGACAGGUUAACACUAAUAUGCAUGGAGUCAAGGCAGGCUCUGCAAUAUAGCUAGGGCCUUUUGUUCAGAUAGA